ACUCCCGGCUGAAACCUUUACUCUCGGGUUGGAUGUCCCGGCAGUAUUAAACGCAUCUCUACUGAACAUCUGAGAAAGACAUCACAGUUGGCAAUUGGGGACUCCAGCAACUAUGGGCCAUUCAAAAGUGAGCCUCGGCGUCAUGGCGACGGUUUUGACGUGGGGGUGGUUUGUACACCUGGCCGCCCCGUCGCUGUCGGGGAGGGCGGCAGACGCCGUCACCCUCUCCGAGCGCAGCAGCUAUCCCUGCGACGACGCAGCCAGCGCCCGGACGCAGAUCACGCUGGACAACCUGCGCCCGCAGCCGGUGCACGGUCAGCUCAUCUUACUGUCCAACCGCUACCGGCAGACCGCCCUGUCCUAUCCGCUGCCCGACUGGAAGCUCCUGCGGGUCUUGGCGCGGUUGACGACGAUCAGGGACCUGUACCCGGAGGUCGACAGCUUCCUCGGCUACAUCUCUGCCGAAAUAUACCAGGAUAUUCUCACCCUAGAACAGAACUGCAAGACUUAUAUUCUCGGGAGAAGGGUCGUAGCAUAGUUGGGUUCUUUACAUUUAUUUGUGAAAAGUAGCACUCAAUCAGAAAAAACUGUUUACAGCAAUUGUAACCUGUCGACGUUUGAAUUAUAUUGUACCUUGAAGUUUGGUACUGCACAUUCAGGGCCUUACAUCCACUGACUGAUUUUACAUGAUCUGAUUUAGUUUAUCUACAAUCCAAAAUCUACAGACUGAUGAAUAAGGUUGAAAUAAAUGAAACUCAGCUAUUAAACUUGAAAACAUUUUAAUUGGUUCAGCUGCCUGAAUAUAUGACAUGUUUACACGGUUCUGCUGCCUGUAGUUUGAUAAGUUAUAUGUUUACGAAGCAUUGCAAUUUUCUGGCUAAAUAAAAUAUUUUACCCCAUGGAAAAACGGGGUCUCUAGAUUUCCGCAAUUCAAAAAGCAAGUCCCUUUUGCAAGCCAUGACCGAUUUUAACAAGGCAUGUGUCCACGAGGAUGUCCCAAGGCGCAAUAUCGUGCUCGAUGUGGGGCCGAUGGGUACCCCCCACCUGUCCAAUCCCUAUACACGCUCUAGACUAUUGUUACGUAACACCCCCAGGAGUC